AUGUGCUGUGUUUCUCUUUUGAAUUUGAUUCAUGUUGAUGCUUCCGGAUCGAUCUUCUUCUUGUUAGCUUUGGAAGUUCUUUCUUGUGUGUGUGUGUGUUGGGUGUGAAGUUCUUUUGUCUGUUUAUUUUUUUGUGUUGUCGAUGCCCUAGGAGUUAAAGGGUGUUUGGAUCAUGUGGAUUGGGGGAUUCGACUAGCAUGGAGAGAGAAGUAGAAUUGAUAGGUUUAGGUGAUUAGUAUGAGUGGAUUCAUGUCCAUCAAGGGUUUGAUUUUUAUUUCUACGAAGACUACAAAGAAAAAAUGGCAAGAAGGAAUGCGCCGCUCGAGUGUAUUGGAUUAGAGAAGAUGUUUUGGAUAUAUGAAAACAAUUUUAGGACCUGUUUGCUGAAAAAUCCCGUAGGAAUUGGAACCGUUGGUCUAUCUAUCUUGCAUUUUCUAAAAGUCUGUCCAAAUCCUUGGCUUUGGGAUGCCGGAAGGGAAAAAAAAUAUCUAUGAAUAUUUGGGCUGGAUGGUAUUUGGUUCGUACAGGGAUAUGCUUAAAUAGACGGUCCAAUACAUGAAUCCUACAGGAUUUUCAGCAUAAUCCUGUAAGAAUACCCUGGAUCUCCUAUUGGAUUCUUUACUAACUGGACUCGAGGAUACACACUAUUGAUACUUGUCAUGCCCUGGGGCAGCCUGCUUGCCAAGUUGAAAAUAGUGCUCCCUGCAAGCUUACUCUUAUUUAGCCAGUGGUUGACCAUGUUCCAAAUAAAUUGGAAUUCAUUUUGACAAAGGACCGCAAUACAUAGCAAAAUGGAAACUAUAACUGUGACAGCAGAUAAUGGGAAUAUGGGAUCACACUAUUAUAUGCUGCAUUAUGCACUUGACAAGAAGUAACUGAUUAUAUAGUUAGAUGCUAGUUAAGAAAGAAAAAUUUAAAUUUGAUUUUUAAACUUUGUGUCAGAGAAUAUUUUGAACAUGUAAAGUUUGCAUGUCAUUCUCAUGUUCUGUCACCAUCAAAAGUCAUUUUUGAGUGUAUGUUAUUUAUGCUAAAUUAUUGUACAGGUUAAAUGCUUCCGAAAAAGGUCAUCUGAGACAAAGCAGGAAUGCAUGAAAAAGUCCCAUGGAAUUCAAAUGUUCACCGAUCAGUUAUUUGUAGUUGUGCAACCUGCUUUUUUAAUUCUUUUAGGUGCCAUUCUCAGUUUGAAGAAAAAAUUAAGCAUUCUUCUCCAUAUGCCGAUGCAGAACAUGAGUUGAUUGAAUGUUGCAUGGGGUUUUAGCUCUAUAUGGCUAUGUUUCGACAAUCCAGUGAAGGCCGCAUGUCUCCAAAAACAGUUCCAAUGGAGCUUGAAGCUGCUGUUGACAGUGAGGAUGCUAGUUCUAAUCAAAGAUUGCAUGAUCUGUGGCCGCUGGGUGAAGUGGACCCAAAGAGGGCAAGAUUUCCUUGCUGCAUCGUCUGGACUCCUCUUCCAAUUGUUUCGUGGUUGGCGCCAUAUAUUGGUCAUGUUGGAAUUGGCCGGGAGGAUGGGGCAGUGCUGGAUUUUGCUGGUUCAAACUUUGUUAGUGAAGAUAAUUUUGCAUAUGGAGCAGUUGCCAGAUAUCUUCAACUAGACAGAAAACAGUGCUGCUUUCCUCCGAAUCUGGCGGGGCAUACAUGCGAGCAGAAUUACAGGCAUGCAGAACGUGGGACAGCAAUCUCAUGGGACGAUGCAUUGCACUCAAGCAUGCAGCAUUUCCAGCACAAGUACUACAACCUCUUCACCUGCAACUGCCACUCGUUUGUGGCCAACUGCCUGAACAGGCUUGCUUAUAAUGGGUGUGUGAGAUGGAACGUGGUUACCUUGGCUUCUCUAAUCCUGUGGAGAGGAAAAUGGGUGGACGGCAAGUCCGUUGUCCGGUCGUUCUUGCCCUUUGUUUCAGUGUUAUGCAUUGGGAUUUUGAUGGCUGGUUGGCCAUUUCUUAUUGGGAUGGCUGUUUUCUCAUCACUAUUGGUUGGCUGGUUUCUUUUUGGGAUAUACUGCACGAGGAGUUUGAUAGAAUGAUUCCCUGUCAUUUUUAGUGCGGGAAAAGUGAGGUGGAUUAUGAACAAUUGUUCUGAACAUUUUGUUUACCCUUACUUUCUAUAUAUCUUAAAACAGUUGCCAAUCAGCACUUAUUAUCCUAGCAUUUCAGUGCUUCAAAUUUUGAGACAGCGAAAGGGAUGUUAACCUUUUAAGUACACUGAUGUUUUUGUUCCCCACUUAGAAACAUUAUUGUAUUUUAGAUUGUUUAUUUUGUAGUCUGUCAUAUAUUUUUUUAAUUUUUACUUUUCAGUGCAUAGGUAGUCUAGGGGUGGCAAUGCUUGAUCGAUUCAACCCAUUGUAGAUCAGAUCAGGUUAUCUGUCUAAUAAAAUGAUUAAGAAGUUUGGAUU